UUGUUGUCAGGCGCGCAGUCCUCCCGACGCGGGCGGGGGUCGGGCGGAAGGCCUGUUGCCGUGGAGACGACUCGAGCCUGUGAUGGGUGUGGCCGCCAGUGAUGGGCAGUGGUGCUGAGGCCUCCGAGCAUGAUUCGAAUUGCAGCCUUGAAUGCCAGCUCCACGGUUGAGGAUGAUCAUGAAGGAAGCUUUAAAAGCCACAAGACCCAGACAAAGGAGGCACAGGAAGCAGAGGCUUUUGCCUUGUACCACAAGGCCUUAGAUCUGCAGAAACACGACCGCUUUGAGGAGUCCGCCAAAGCCUACCAUGAGCUCCUGGAGGCGCGCCUGUUGCGAGAGGCAGUUUCAUCUGGUGAUGAGAAAGAGGGGUUGAAACACCCUGGGCUGAUGCUCAAGUAUUCCACGUAUAAGAACCUGGCCCAGCUGGCAGCCCAGCGCGAGGACCUGGAGACAGCCAUGGAGUUCUACCUGGAGGCAGUCAUGCUGGACUCCACGGACGUCAACCUCUGGUAUAAAAUCGGACACGUGGCCCUGAGGCUCACCCGGGUCCCCCUGGCUCGCCAUGCUUUUGAGGAAGGGCUGCGGUGCAAUCCUGACCACUGGCCCUGUCUGGACAACCUCAUCACUGUCCUGUACACCCUCAGCGAUUAUACAACGUGUCUGUACUUCAUCUGCAAGGCGCUGGAGAAGGACUGCCGCUACAGCAAGGGGCUGGUUCUCAAGGAGAAGAUCUUUGAGGAGCAGCCGUGCCUCCGCAAGGAUUCCCUCCGCAUGUUCCUAAAGUGUGACAUGUCCAUCCAUGACGUGUCUGUGAGUGCGGCUGAAUCGCAGGCCAUUGUGGAUGAGGCCCUGGGGCUGCGGAGGAGGCGGCAGGCGCUGACCAUACGUGAGAAGGAGCCAGACCUGAAGCUGGUGCAGCCCAUCCCCUUCCUCACCUGGAAGUGCCUCGGGGAGAGUCUGCUGGCCACAUACAACCACCUCAGCACCUGUGAGCCCCCGCGGCCCAGCCUUGGCAAGAGGAUUGACCUCUCUGACUACCAGGACCCCAGCCAGCCUCUGCUGUCCUCCAUGGGGGUGGCACCUGUCAGUGCAACCCAGCCCAGCCCUGCCAGUGCUAGCCCUGCGGCGACUGUGGCAGAGCCCGUGCUCUCUUACACCCCAGUAGCCACAGCCAGCUUCCCGCAACACAGCCCCAGCCUGUUGGAGACGGGCCUCCCUGCAGGUGAUGUUUCUGGGGGAGAUAAAUCCAAGAAAGGGGUAAAGCGGAAGAAGAUUUCUGAGGAGAGUGGGGAGACGGCAAAGCGGCGGUCUGCGCGUGUCCGAAAUACCAAGUGCAAAAAAGAAGAGAAGGUGGACUUCCAGGAGCUUCUGGUGAAAUUCUUACCAUCCAGGUUGAGAAAGCUGGACCCAGAGGAGGAGGAUGACCCCUUUAACAACUACGAAGUCCCGUCAGAAGCCAAGCUGGAGAGCUUUCCGAGUGUCGGGCCUCACAGGCUGUCCUUUGAUUCUGCCACAUUCAUGGAGUCUGAGAGGCAGGAUGUGCACGCCUUCCUGCUGGAGAACCUGACCAAUGGGGGCAUCUUGGAGCUGCUAGUGCGCUACUUGAAGAGCAUGGGCCACAGGUUCCUGCUGAGGUGGCCUCCGGGGCUGGCGGAGGUGGUGCUCAGCAUCUACCACAGCUGGAGGAGGCACAGCGCCAGCCUACCCAACCCACUGCUCAGGGACUGCAGCAGCCAGCACAUCAAGGACAUGAUGCUGAUGUCCCUGUCCUGCAUGGAGCUGCAACUGGACCAGUGGCUGCUGACCAAGGGCAGGAGCUCUGCAGUGUCUCCUCGGAGCUGCCCUGCGGGGGUGGUGAACAGCAGGUUCGGGCCUGACUUCCCAGGAACCCACUUCCUGGGGGACCUCCUGCAGCUGUCGUUUGCCUCAUCCCAGCGGGACCUAUUUGAGGAUGGCUGGCUGGAGUUCGUGGUCCGUGUGUAUUGGUUGAAGGCUCGCUUCCUGGCACUGCAGGGGGACAUGGAGCAGGCUCUGGAGAACUACGACAUUUGCACAGAGAUGCUGCAACGCUCUUCGGCCAUCCGCACACAACCAGGAGCCCAGCAGAGGGACAUCGUCAUCCGCCUGCCCAACCUCCACAACGACUCGGUCGUUUCCCUGGAGGAGAUUGACAAGAACCUGAGGUCGCUGGAACGGUGCCAGUCCCUGGAGGAGACUCAGCGACUGUACGAGGCUGGUGACCACAAGGCUGUGGUGCGCCUGCUCCGUCCCACCUUGUGCCCCAGUGGGUUCGACCGGGCCAAGCACCUGGAGUUCAUGACAUCCGUGCCAGAGAGGCCGGCCCAGCUGCUGCUGCUGCAGGACUCCUUGCUCCGGCUGGAGGACCACCAGCAGUGCUUCGAGUGCUCCGACGUGGCUCUGAAUGAGGCGGUCCAGCAGAUGGUUAAUGCCAGUGAUGCCACUGCCAAGGAGGAGUGGGUGGCCACAGUGACCCAGCUGCUCCUGGGCAUUGAGCAGGCACUCUCUGCAGACAGUGGCGGUGGCAUCCUGAAGGACUCAUCCUCUACCACCAGCCUCACCCGGCUCACCAACAACCUCAUCCAGGUCAUAGACUGCAGCAUGGCCGUGCAGGAGGAGCCCAAGGAACCCCAUGUAUCCUCAGUGCUGCCCUGGAUCAUCCUACACCGGAUUAUUCGGCAGGAGGAGGACACCUUCCACUCCCUGUGCCACCAGCAGCAGCUCCAGAAUCCAGUGGAUGAAGGUGUGGACCGUGGUCCAGUAGGGGAGGCCCUUGGCCCAGUGAUGGCUGAGCCACCCAUGCUCCCCUCCUCCCUCAUGCUGCUCAACACAGCCCAUGAAUAUCUGGGCCGGAGGUCCUGGUGCUGCAACUCUGAUGGGGCUCUGCUGCGAUUCUAUGUGCGUGUCCUCCAGAAGGAGCUUGCUGCGUCCCCCUCUGAAGACACUCACCCCUACAAGGAGGAGCUAGAGACGGCCUUGGAGCAGUGCUUCUACUGCCUGUACAGCUAUCCCAGCAAGAAGAGCAAGGCCAGGUACCUGGAGGAGCACUCGGCCCAGCAGGUGGACCUGAUAUGGGAGGAUGCCCUCUUCAUGUUUGAGUACUUUAAGCCCAAGACCCUCCCUGAGUUCGACAGCUACAAGACCAGCACUGUGUCAGCUGACCUGGCCAAUCUCCUAAAGAGAAUUGCCACCAUCGUGCCCCGAACUGAGCGGCCGGCCCUGAGCCUGGACAAGGUCUCCGCCUACAUUGAGGGCACCUCUGCUGAGGUGCCCUGCCUCCCAGAAGGGGCUGACCCCUCCCCUCCCGUGGUGAACGAGCUCUACUACCUCCUGGCUGAUUACCACUUCAAAAACAAGGAGCAGUCCAAGGCCAUCAAGUUUUACAUGCACGACAUCUGCAUCUGCCCCAACAGGUUCGAUUCCUGGGCGGGCAUGGCCCUGGCCCGGGCCAGCCGCAUUCAGGACAAGCUGAACUCCAAUGAGCUGAAGAGUGACGGGCCCAUCUGGAAGCAUGCGACGCCUGUCCUGAACUGCUUCCGGCGGGCGCUGGAGAUUGACAGCUCCAACCUUUCCCUGUGGAUUGAAUUUGGCACCAUGUCCUAUGCCCUGCACUCCUUUGCCUCACGCCAGCUGAAGCAGUGGAGGCCUGAGCUGCCCCCCGAGCUUGUGCAGCAGAUGGAGGACCGGCGAGACAGCAUGCUGGAGACUGCCAGGCACUGCUUCACGUCGGCGGCCCGCUGCGAGGGUGACGGGGAUGAGGAGGAGUGGCUCAUCCACUACAUGCUGGGCAAGGUAGCCGAGAAGCAGCAGCAGCCACCCACCGUGUACCUUCGGCACUACCGGCAGGCUGGCCAUUACCUGCAUGAGGAGGCAGCCCGUUACCCUAAGAAGAUCCACUACCAUAACCCUCCAGAGCUGGCCAUGGAGGCCCUGGAGGUGUACUUCCGGCUCCAUGCAUCCAUCCUGAAGCUCCUAGGGAGGCCUGAUUCUGGAGUUGGUGCGGAGGUCCUGGUCAGCUUCAUGAAGGAGGCCGCAGAAGGGCCCUUUGCCAGGGGCGAGGAGAAGAAUGCGCCCAAAGCCUCAGAAAAGGAGAAGGCCUGCCUGGUGGACGAGGACUCCCACUCUUCAGCUGGGACACUGCCGGGCCCCGGAGCCUCCCUCCCCUCCUCUGGCCCAGGUCUGACAUCCCCACCUUACACAGCCACUCCGAUUGACCACGAUUACGUCAAAUGUAAAAAACCCCACCAGCAGGCGACGCCGGACGAGCGCAGCCAGGACAGCACAGCUGUGGCACUUUCAGAUUCCAGUUCCAUGCAGGACUUCUUUAAUGAGCCUUCCAGCUCCCUGGAGGGUUCCCGGAAGCCCCUCACGGAGAAGAGACCACCUGCACCCAGUUCCCAUGCAGGACCUCCUGGUAAAGACCUUCAAGGUCCUGCAGAGGAGAGAGGGAAGCCUGAGGAGCCCUUGGAGACCAUGGAAGGCGUCAGGGUCACAGAGCAAGGCAGCCAGAAGCCAGCUGCAGACCCCUCAGGCCCUGGCACCCCUGCCAAGCCUCCAGCGUCUGCAGCCACCACGUGGGAUGGGAGGAGGCGAGGGGAGCCCCCGGGGGAGCCCGCAGCCUUCCCGCAGGGGCUACCGGCCGGCGCUGAGGAGCAGCGCCAGUUUCUCACGGAGCAGUGUGUCGCCUCCCUGCGCCUGUGCCUCAGCCGCUUCCCCCAGCACUACAAGAGCCUCUACCGGCUGGCCUUCCUCUACACCUACAGCAAGACCCACCGGAACCUCCAGUGGGCCCGCGACGUGUUGCUAGGCAGCGGUAUCCCGUGGCAACAGCUGCAGCACAUGCCGGCACAGGGGCUCUUCUGCGAGAGGAACAAGACCAAUUUCUUCAACGCAGGCACUAAGCCUUGGAGACCUUCCUUAGGAGAGGGGCAGUCUGCCCGGGCCUGGGAUCCUCUGGUGGGUGGUCACCCCCGCUCAUCUGUGCCAAGGCCACAUCCUCUUUGUGUCCCAAGGAGGUGCUCACUGCAUGUCUGUGGAUCAUCUCCCUGGAGCUGGCUCCAGGGCAUCUGGCGGAUCCCCGUGGAUGAGAUUGACCGGCCGGGCAGCUUCGCCUGGCACAUGAACCGCUCCAUUGUGCUGCUGCUCAAGGUGCUGGCCCAGCUCCGGGACCAUAGCACCCUGCUGAAGGUGUCCUCCAUGCUGCAGCGGACCCCAGACCAGGGCAAGAAGUAUCUGCGAGAUGCUGACCGCCAGGUCCUGGCACAACGGGCCUUCAUCCUCACAGUGAAGGUGCUGGAGGACACACUGAGCGAGCUUGCGGAGGGGUCAGAACGCCCAGGGCCCAAGGCCUGUGGCCUCUCCGGAGCCAGGAUGACCACUGAUGUCUCCCAUAAGGCCAGUCCUGAGGAUGGACAGGAGGGCCUCCCCCACCCCAAGAAGCCCCCUCUGGCAGAUGGCUCAGGGCCAGGGACUGAGCCCGGAGGCAAAGCAGGCCCCCUCACCCACCGGCCUGUGGCUAUGGAUGCAGGAGAGGGCACAGACCAGGGCGGGGAGCGGAUGGACAGGGAGAACCCCCAGGCAGGGCCCACAGAGCCCAUGGACACAGGGGAAGCUGCUGCCCGCUGCUCAGACUCAGAGCGGGUACCACCCCUGCAGCCAGGCCGACCUCUUAGGGACCGGGGCCCAGAGAGCCGGCCUGCAGAGCUGUCUCUGGAGGAGCUGAGCAUCAGCACCCGGCAGCAGCCUGGCCCACCUGGCCCAGCCCCACCAGCCACCGCCCCCACCGCCACUGCCCCCAGACCCAGGGUGGGCAGCCACCCCGAGGAGGCACCACCACGACCCAGCCGCAAGAGGAAACUUCUGGAGGACACAGAGUCCGGCAAGACGCUCCUGUUGGAUGCCUACCGUGUGUGGCAGCAGGGCCAGAAGGGCAUGGCCUACGACCUGGGCCGCAUUGAGAGGAUCAUGGCUGAGACCUACAUGCUCAUCAAGCAGGUGGACGAGGAGGCUGCGCUGGAGCAGGCCGUGAAGUUUUGUCAGGUCCACCUUGGGGCUGCCGCCCAGAGGCAGGCUGCAGGGGACACACCCACCACCCCAAAGCACCCCAAGGACAGCCGAGAAAACUUUUUCCCUGCGGCUGUGGCCCUCACGGCCUCCGAGCCCAUGCCGACAGAUGCCCUCCAGCGGCCCAGUGAUGCCCACACCAAGCCUCGUCCUGUGCCAGCCACCACCUCGGCUGUCAUCACUUGUCCUCCCUCGGCGUCAGCUUCUACCCCAGACCUGGCUGAGGACCCUGGGCCCCCACAGCUACACAGGCCCGAGGCCACCUCCUUGGACCCAGACUGCCACGUGUUCCCCUGGAGAGCCCCUGCUACGGUCCCUCGCUGCCUUCCUGCACACUACAGGCUGGGACCCAGUUUCCUGCAGACGCCACCUGGCCCACAAGCAAGCAAAGGUUCCUCUCACUGAAGUGGUCAGGCCUCCAAGGAUGGGGGGUGGGCGCUCUGGGCUGGGGCACAACUUACCUCCCCUUGCAGGGUACCACCCACCAGGCAGGCCCCAAGCCUGUGGAGGAGCCAGGGAGAAGCUGAGAGCCAGGGCCUGGGGGCCUCUAGGACACUGGGCCUUGGGGACCCAGCAGCAAGGCUGUGAGUCUGCCAUGGGGAGCAGAGAGAGUUGGCUCAGGGGCUCAGGAUUCUAGCCUGGCCCGCUGCUUCCACAGAGGGAGCCUGAGAUGGCCUGAUGGCUCUUUCCUGAAAACUGAGCCCCCAGGCCAGGCCUCACCCCAGCAGGCCCAGAGUGGUCCUUCUCACAGACUGCCUGGCUGGGGCAGCGCCUCUGCACAUAUCUCUGCUGGUCACUAGGCCCCGAGUGUCUGUCAUUCUGGCAGCCCACCAAGAAGGGAGGGCCUGGGGAGGGUGGGCCAUGCCUUGGGGCAGGAGGGAGACUGGUACCUGGUUCCUCUGAGGACACCAUUCACUUCCUGCCAGUCCACCACUUCCCAUCCCUGUCCUUGCUCUCAGCAAGGAAGCUACCUGCCCUCCCACUCAAGCAGCCUCUCCAGGUCACUCGGCCAGGUACUCAGGGAACCAGUACCACGCACUGCCACCUAUGGAGGGACUGGGCGGGCCUGUGUUGUGGGUGCCUGCCCAGCAUGGUAACCUGCAUCCUACCCUAGAGCCAGUGGGGCAGGAGCCUCCGAGGUGCUUGUCCCUGUCUGUAGCAUCCUGAGACUGGGCCCCAGGGACACUGCUGGCUGGUCAGACUGAGGAAGGGAGGGUCUGAGGCCAUGCAGCAAGGAGGCUGCUGUCCUUCAGGAGCUGGAGCCAACAAGCAGUAGGCACAUCUUGUUUCCUGCCUGGCUAAGGAGGGCUUGGUGUCAGCUGCUCCAGGCAA